AUGUUUCUUUCAGCAUCGUCUACAUCAUUCAAUUUAACAAGUAUUGAGAAGAAAUUAGCGGCUAUCGAAUCAAUAUCAUCGUCUUCAUCUUCAUACACAGUAAAACCAACAAAUCGAUUAAUAAAAGUCAAUAAUGAAGCAGAAUUAGAUGCAUUUUUAAAAAGUGAACGAGCAAAUUUUAAUGAUGAACAAUUUGAAUAUUUAACACAACAGUCAUUGACUCAAGCUGAUACUGAUUAUUGGGAAGAAAUAUUUCUGAAUAGUUUAAAACGACGUCGCAAUUUGAUAAAUUGUUUAUUAGCUGAUGAUCUUCGACCACGUUCAAUAUCUUCAUAUGAUUCCACAUCAUUGACUAAACAAAGCCAAAUACUGAACGAUUCUAUCACAUCUUCGGCCGGUUAUGAUUUUAAAUCGGACUGGACAUCUCAACAGAAUCAAUCAUCAAUCUUUACUGAUUUAUCACUUGUUGAACAACAAUAUGCUCAGACACUUAUUAAAUAUAAUCAAACAAGAACAUCAUCCGGUACUGCUGACGGUGAUCAAUUAAUUGUAGCAUAUAAACAUGUUGCUAAAAUCUACGAAACACAAGUUGUAUGUGAUUUUUGGCAUGCAGCUGAGUGGAUGACAGGUGUUCUUGAUCAUGAUUAUCGAAAAAGUGACUUAUUUCAUUCACAACGUGCAAUUGUUCUUUGUGCACGUGAUUAUCUUGAGCGAAGUUUUCGUCAAGCAUUAAAAACAACUUAUAAUGAUAUGGACUUUUAUGGAUGUUUAUUAUCAUUCAUAACAUCCAAUGAAAAAAUAUCUAGUUUACAAUCUGUUGAUGAUCGUCUUGUCGAUGGUGUAUCAGCAUGGCCUUUAAUUUUUUAUGCAUUAAGAGCUGGCGAUACUAAUCUUGCUUUUAACAUAAUUCAUAAAGCAAAUUUACCACAUGUUCAAUCUCUGCUAGAAACCUAUUUAUCAAAAGAACAAUCAACAAUAACAAACAUAUCGACAACAUCAACUACCAAUAAAUCAUCGAAUAUUCGAAAUAUUGAAUUCAGUCUCGUUGGAAAUCCUUAUAAACGCGCAGUUAUUUGUAUAUUAGAUCGAACAAAUUUAGUCGAUGCACAUGAAGAUGUUUUACUGUGUAUUGAAGAUUUUCUUUGGAUAAAAUUAGCACAAAUUCAAACAAUAAAUGAAACAGCAUUUCAUGAUCGUACAAAUGUUCAAUUAACAAUUUCACGACUUCAACGUUGGAUAUUACGAGAUCUUGGUGAAGAUUAUUUUAAAGCUUACGAACAGCCGUUUCGUUAUGCCCGUGUUCUUCUUUUAUGUGGCGCAUUUGAAUCAGCAUGUGAAUUUCUUUUUAAAAUUUCAUCAACUAAAGUUCAUUCAAUUCAUUUAUCAAUUUAUUUUAAUGAAAAAUAUUUACUGGGGUUAACAUCAUCUAUUGAUGAAUGUAUGAUUAUGAUUGCAGGAAAUUCACAACAAAAUAAGACUAAUACAGCAUUAAAUUUACCAAAAUUAAUUGAAUCAUACUUAAAAGAAAAAUUGAUUAACAAUCAAAAUCGUUAUUGGGAAUUGAUUAAUUAUGCUUACGCAUUGAUUAAUAUUGAACAUUUAGAGGCUGAAACAGAAUUCCGGCGAUUAUUAAUUGAUUUGACAACAAAUCUAGAUGAUAUACAUAUUGUUUAUGGAAAAUGGGUUAUUGUUACAGAUAAUGAUAAAGACGAUGAAAAUAGAACGCUUAAACUGGAAAGAGGUCUUCUACAUCAAUUAUUGUCUCAUAUUGAUGAUGUUGAUAUCGAUGAUACAUUAAUUAGUCUUGCAGCAACUAUCGAAGAACAUCAUCGUUCUCAUCUUCUUGUUGCAUCGGCAUUAUUUGAAUUAGCUCAUGAUUAUUCUUCUGCUUUACGUCUUGCUUCUGAAUAUAUGACACAAUUAAUUCUUGAUCGUUUAUUAAUACCAUCAUCAUCAUCAUCAACGUUAUCACCAUUUUCAUUUGUUUAUGAAUUAGCUCAACGCCUUCAAAUAUUAUCAAAAAAAAAACAAGAUGAUGAUCAACAAAAUUAUUUUCUUCUAUUGGAUAUUUAUGCAUUUGUUGAUUAUUAUCUUCAAGUAGGACAAGAUGAACGAGCUUUUCUAGUUUUACGUCAAUUAAAAUUGUUUCCAUACGACAAAAAUUAUAAUGAUGAUGAAAAAGCUAGACAAUUAUUUGCAUCAAAUAAAUGGCUUCAACAAUUAUUUCCUCACCUUUGCUUAGCCGCACUUCGUACUCAUUUAUUAGUUAUACAACAUGAAACAAGUUCAACUUUAACUGAAGACGAAAAAAAUCAAUACGAAUUUUAUCGUCGUACAGCUUCUAUUGAUUUAAAUCGUCUUGCUGAAUUUGCUCAUAUGCAAUCUAAAUCAUUUACAAGAACACAAUUACGUUCGAUUGAUCGACUUUGCGAACAAGCAAAUCAAUAUCAUGAUCAGGAUAUGUCCUUUACUUAA